AGCUUUUCCUCAGUCUGAUCAUUUUGAAUCUGUUGUAGGUGAGAUUAGUGAGACGUCCACACUCAACCAAACGAUCAAAAUGCCGAAACAAUCGCAGAAAACCACCAAGGCUGCUAAACGCAAACCAAGACAUCAGGAGGAACCCAUCGAUGUUUCAACACUUCAUCUGGACUUAAAAAAACAUGAUGAAGUCUUGAAUGCAGAGCGGGAAAUCUCUCCCAAAAAGAAGAACAAGAGACCCAUACUCACGGAAGAGUUGAAGAAUGAAAAGGAGUUCACUGCACGAAAUCCACAGGACCAAGGGGACCAAGAGGAGCCGUGUAAUUCCACUGGUGAUGAAACUCCUGUCCUAGACGCUGAGUUGAUUGAGUCCAUCAAGAGAAUGCCAAAAAAGCUACUUCAAGAGGAGUAUCUGGAGCUGAUGAAGGACUAUAUCAUCACCAAGGGGAAGCUGGAAGCUUUUGACGCUGAUAUCCAAGGCCAGCAAGUUAUUGUCAACCUAACGGCUGAACGGGAUACCCUCAAAAAGAAAAUGAAAGAGAUCAACAUCCAGAAGGGAGAGGCCAUCAAGAAGCAGGAGAAACUCUUGGAGGAGGUGGAUGAGCUGAAACAGAAACUCAGCCCCCAGGAAUGUCCUUCCCAAGAGAACCCGGUGCUGAAGAACACACUCGAAAACAUCCAGGAGGAGUUCAAAAACAAGCUCAUCCAAGAGGUUCAGGGCACCCUUAGAGUCUCAAACCAAGAGUUCAGUGAGAGGUAUCAAACAGAGGUCGCCACUUUCAGACAUCAGGCUGAGAUACUUAAUAGUGAGCUGGAGAGGGAAGUCCAGGCAAAUGCAGACAGGAUGGUGGGAGACCAGCAAUUCAUCAAGAACUUACAAGUGGAACUGAACGCCCACCAUAGAAAAAUGGCAGAAACCAACAUCUCCCUGCAAAACACCCUGGACAAGGAGAAAGAUCACAUGAGAGAGAUAGAGGAGUUGAGAAUUCAGCUCAACUCUCACAAACAACUUCUGAAAGAACAUGAGGAGCUGAAAGAGGAACAAAAAACCACAAAGGAGAAGUUUGACGCUGAGCUUCAGCUAGAAAAACAGAAAUAUAUGCUUCUCCAAAAAGAACACAAGAGCCACAAGGCAAUGGACGACCAACAAGACCAGAUGAACCUGACAGCUGAGAAGGAAGACCUGAUUAAGAGUAUGAGUGAGAAGGAGGAAGAAGAUAGAGAGAUUACUGAAGCUGUCAAACUCCAGGAGGGGCCUGAGGACUCAGAGAUCACCAGUGCUGAGACUUCUGAAUCAAGUGCAACAACCCUCACCCCCCAGGAAGAGCCCCAAGAUUUGACUGGAGUCACUGAGAUAGCGCCUCAAGUCAAACCUUCAUCCUGGAAAAGGUUUCGACAUUUUAUUGGAUUGAGGAAGCCAAAGUCCUGGAAGAAGAAGAAGAAGAAAGAGCCUACAAUAACUCCUCAGCCCCAUCCCUCUGACCCCUAACUAACCUUCCUCCCCCAUUUCCUCACCCCCAUCUUCACCCUCUUCACCCUUUUCUGUCUUAGUGGGUUUCCCCCGGGUAACUCCGGUUUCCCCCACUAAUCAAACAAAUACAACAAACAAUUAAAUAAAAAACAACAACUAAACAAACAAA